GAUAUGGCGCUAAAAUCACAAAUAGGUAUUAACAGAAUGGAAUUGAAAUUUUCCGAUGAUUCCGCAACCCUUUUCGUUACCAUAUUUACCACAGAAUCUGCAAUUUCUCAUUUCGUUUCGCUUUCUGAACUCAUUUCAUUUCAUAUUCAACAAUUUCUUGUUUUUAAUUGCAAUUGCAACCGUCCUAUUCAAAGAAGAAUGAAGAUUCUAUGUCUUUGCAAACUUGUUUUAUCCGUCACGUGAUCGUUUUCAGGGUAGGGUCAUUGAAUGGAAGCUACAAGUGUUCAAAUGUAUCCUGAAACACUUGAUCAUAGCAUAAAAGAGCAUGCAAGAACGCAUUCUGAAACUAUCGAUGAUAUUCAAAGUAUUGAAAAUUCAAGCGUUAAGGUAGUAAAUGGAAGUGAAAGAAGUAGUGAUUCAGAAACGCAAAUAGAUGUCAUCACUAGAUGUGAAAGUGGUGAGAAUAGUUAUUCGGUGACACAUAUCAAUGGAACCAAAAGCUUAUCUUCAUCAGAUAGAAGGUCAAGUUCUUCCUCUUUGUCAGAAUCAUCAUCAGAUGAUUUCUAUCGAAUCGAUGCAUUGAAGUUCAACACAUCUGAUGCAUCUGAACUUGCAUCAAAAUCUGAGAAAGGUUAUAUUUCUAGUUCUGAGAGCUCUGAAAAAUCUGAGACAAGUUUUGUUUCUAGAAGUGAGAGCUCUGCGAAAUCUGAGAAAAGUUAUGUUUAUAGUAGUGAGAGCCCUGCGAAAUCUGAGGUUGAUGAUAGCCCUGCGAAAUCUGAGGUUGAUGAUAGCCCUACAGUUCCAACAUCAACAUAUGAAGUUUACAAUUUGGCCUAUAGCCAAAAGGGUAUGUCACCAACCAUAAGCCCUCCUAUCCAAGUGAUGGAUCGAUCAGGAAGAUUUGAUUCUACCAGGAUUCCGUCUUCGGUCUUUGAAGAAAAUAAUAGUAGUAAUAGUCCAUUGGAAUGGAGUAUUGCUUCUAAUGAAUCACUAUUUAGUAUUCAUAUAGGCCAUCAUAGUUUUAACAGAGAUCAUACCUUUAAGGUUGAUGAAUUACACAUGUCAGAAGAAUUGACGAAACCUGCUGAGUUAAAUAUGUUUAACCGACUUCCAUCAGUUACUAUAGAGGAGAUAGACACUGACAGCCAAACUGCCGACAUAGAGAAGCUGGAAAAGUCGGAAGAAUCUUUCAAAUUCAAACCAAAGCCCAAUGAAGACCAAAAUGACAUAAAGACUCUUCAUCAAACUGCAAGUAGCAUUUCUACUAAGUCAAGUGUGAGGAGUCCCUCCAGCGAUAGUGGAACCAUGGGACACUCUUUUGUUCCAUUAAAGAAGCGUUCACGGGGAUUGUGCUUCGGUUGUAACUGUUGUUGGGCAUUCUGCCACCAUAAUUGGCCGACAUGCUGCCACUGUAAAUGGCCCACCUGCUGCUGCACAUGGCCAAGUUGCAAGUGUUCGUGUGGUUGGUUGUUAUGCGGAUUUUGCAACAGUGGCCGUGUCUCCCCUAUUUUGACUGAAACAACAGAGAGGAAUAGUUUUAUGAAGACAAACACUCCAAGUCCUAGAAAGCAUUCAUACAAAGAAGAAUUAGAAACAACAAGCAACUCCACUUCUAGUUUCUGGUAUUGUUUCAAAUCUGAACAAGCAUGUGAUGUUUGUUCCAACUCAAGUUCUAAUUGUCGCAGUUGGUUUUAUUGUUUUUCUUGUCCUUCUUGUACAUGUAAGCUUUCUUGCACAAAGUGCAAAGGUUGGUAUUGAGGAACUGAGUUUUACAGAA